AUGCUCAUCGCGACGGUGUCAAAGUUGCUUGCAAAUGCAAGAAUAGCGAGUGUGUCUGGAAUUCAUACAAGCACAACUUCUUACGGAUUUUGGUACACAAAGUUACAUCGCUUAAAGCAACCUAAGAUUCAACGGAAGAACGCGCCUGUGUUUAGCUUUGAUUAUCUAGGGGAACACAAGCGAUUUCAGCGAACUGAUCCAAAGUCCCUCAUAUUAGGCACUGAAGAACUACCCGGGUUCCAGGCGCUAAAUGAUGAACAGAAAAAAGUCUUUACGUACGGCUGCAACUCUCUGUCUUAUGACUAUCACCACCAAUUGGUUAGGUUUAUGAGCACCUACGGCAAACAUCCCACUGAUGAUUCUCUGCUCGCGAAAGUGUUGAACAUAUCCUUCAAGAUAUGGUACAAUAAGUAUCUGCUCGAAAAGUUCCCAAGGGUAAUCACACUAAGAGGAGCAACGGAAUCCUUGGUUCAGCGAAGAAUGCGGCUCCUACGUCGGUUACGAGCCCUCAACAAAGAGGACUACAAGAAAGCGCUGGAGGCAUUGAACCUUAACACCAUCCGUCACCUCAACCCCUUUGACUUUGGACAGGGAUCGGAGGAGGAUGAACGGAAGAAGAAGGUGAGGAAUGAGUGCUAUCAGCAACGAUUGGCUCGGCUAGCACGAUUUAAGAAGGAUCUCGCUGCAGCGAGGGAAGAGUUUUACGAGAGGAAGGAAAAAGACCUAAAUGAGCUGGUGGACAAGCUGGCCAGUCUCGGUUUGGAAAGGAGCGAUGCAGAAGCCAAAUUGCGCGAUCUUUUUCAUAUCGUGAUCAAGGAACGCCAAGAAGAAACGCUGGUGCCAACCCAGGUGGACAAACUACACUGGUACGCAAAAGAACGAGUGCUGAGGCGACAUGUGAUUAACUCACUCCUUGAAAAAGAGGCUAGACAGCUGCGCUCAAGACGGAAAUAG